GGUAAGGAAAUGAUUUCGCCUAUUUAGUGAGUAUUUACUAUUUAGAUAGUAUUUUGUAAUGGGUUUGGUUUUGGCUCUUGAGAAAUGUUUUAUUUAGUGCAUAAAUAAAUGAAGGCGAUUACGUCUAAACAUCAACGAUUUUAAAAUUGUAAGUGAAUCGAUCAAUGGAACAUUGGCAGUAACGUUUGUAACAUUGUAGAUUUGGAGACGAAAUUCAACGUAUUUCUAGAGAAAAGGUUUGGCUAAUGUGGAUGGUAUAUAUAGGAAAAGAGGAAACUCUAAAAAAAGAGAUUUUUCUAUAAACAAGACUAAUUAUUCGUAAUGAACCAUUCAAGAACUUCAAGAUCUAAUUGAUAAGAUAAUUUACAGUUGAAUUAAUAAUAAUGUCCUUGAAAUUCGUACACAUCAAAAAAUAUAUGGCUGAAAGGGUUGUACAAUUGUGUUACUAGUUAAACACUAACUUCAAGGACUACUUUUAUUUUGUCGUUUUUCGUGCUAAAACUCCAGAGUCAACGGUCCAUUAUACUAAUAUAAGAAGAUGAAAGAUUUUAGGAGGACAAUUUACAUAUAUCUUCAUAACCAAUCUAAAAUAAAAUAUACAUAUGUGAGAUAAUUAAUGUUCUGCAGCACCAUUUAAUUGUGUUUCCCGCGGACUACGUCAAACUUGUCCCCUUCUCCUACAAACUCUCUUCUUCUUCCACAUUUUUAGUCUCUCUCUAGCUCUAUCUCUCUCUCUCACUCUCUCCACAUAUAUGUCUCCUAUAAGUCCUCCGGCCAGUGGGGUUGGGCUUGGCUACGGUAUAGCCAUCGCCGUAAGCAUCCUAGUUCUCAUCUCCUUUAUAAUGCUGGCCUCAUACAUCUGCAUAAGGUCAAAAUCUACAGGAAGAGACGAAGCCACAAGUGACGGAGUUCUUGACUCCCCGUCGCCCGCGGCUGAAGUGAAGCUCGGUUUGGACCGACCGGUGAUAGAGUCAUAUCCAAGGAUAGUGUUGGGAGAUAGCCGGAGAUUACCGAGGCCCAACAACGGCCCAUGUUCGAUAUGUCUAUGUGAUUACGAGGCUAGGGAACCGGUUCGGUGUAUACCGGAAUGUAAUCACUGCUUCCACACUGAUUGUGUUGAUGAGUGGCUCCGGACAAGUGCUACAUGUCCUCUAUGCAGGAACUCACCGGCUCCGUCUAGGCUAGCCACACCAUUGUCCGAUUUGAUCCCACUCGCCUUUCAAAUUAGGUGAAAGUUAAGAUGAGAUUGCAAUCCAAGACCUUGUCCACCACCGUGUCCGUCACCACCUUCUUCUCCACCACCGUGAACGCAAAAGCUUCUCAUGAUCCUCC